GAUCGAGAAAGGGUUUUGCAAUUCGCAGAGCAAAAAAGCUGUGGACUCUUGAGAUUGAGAAGAUGAUGAGAUCGAUUUCAUACGCAUUUGCUUCGACGACGAAGAGAUUUGUUCGUCGGAAAAUCCAGGGGAAAGGUAGUCCUCGAAUUGCUCCUUCUUCCUUUAAUCUUUUCUGGGAACGAUCUUUUUCUGUUGGUUACAGAGAGAAACUGAGUAGAAAUGUGUUGAGUGAUUUAAAAUUAGAUGAAGCUGUUGAUCUGUUCAGCGACAUGGUCAAGUCUCGUCCUUUCCCUUCCAUUAUUGAGUUCAGUAAAUUGUUGAGUGCUAUUGCUAAGAUGAACAAGUUCGAUGUUGUCAUCUCUCUCGGCGAGCAGAUGCAAAAUUUGGGAAUUUCACAUGAUCUAUACACAUUCAAUAUUUUGAUUAACUGUUUCUGUCGACGCUCUCAACUCCCUCUUGCUUUAGCUACUCUUGGCAAGAUGAUGAAACUUGGUUAUGAGCCCAGCAUUGUUACGCUUUCUUCUCUUCUCAAUGGAUACUGUCACGGUAAGAGGAUUUCCGAGGCUGUAGCUUUGGUUGAUCAAAUGGUCGAAAUGGGAUAUCAACCUAAUACUGUUACAUUUACAACUUUGAUUCAUGGGCUUUUUCUUCACAACAAAGCUUUAGAAGCAGUGGCGCUAGUUGAUCAGAUGGCUGUGAAAGGCUGUCAACCAAAUCUGGUUACAUAUGGUGCUGUAGUAAAUGGAUUAUGUAAGAGAGGUGAUAUUGAUUUGGCUUUGAGUUUGUUGAAGAAGAUGGAGAAAGGGAAAAUAGAGCCAAAUGUUGUAAUCUACAACACAAUCAUCGAUAGUCUCUGCAAAUACAAACAUGUGAAUGAUGCACUCAACCUGCUCAACGAAAUGGAGAACAGAGGAAUUAGACCAGAUGUUUUUACCUACAGCUCCCUCAUUUGUUGCCUUUGUAAUUACGGAAGAUGGAGUGAUGCCUCUCGACUGCUGAGCGAUAUGAUUGAGAGGAAAAUCAAUCCAAAUGUAGUCACUUUCAACGCAUUGAUCGAUGCGUUUGUGAAAGAGGGGAAGCUUUUAGAGGCUGAGAAAUUGUACGAGGAGAUGAUCAAAAGGUCUAUAGCUCCUAGUACCAUCACUUACAGUUCAUUGAUCAAUGGGUUUUGUAUGCACGAUCGUCUAGACGAGGCCAAGCAGAUGUUUGAGUUCAUGGUUAGCCAUGACUGUUUCCCAAAUGUAGUGACUUAUAGUACUCUUAUAAAGGGAUUUUGCAAGGCUAAGAAGGUAGAAGAUGGUAUGGAACUAUUCCGCGAGAUGUCUCAAAGAGGAUUGGUUGGAGACACAGUCACUUACACCACUCUUAUCCAAGGGUUUUUUCAAGCAGGAGAUUGUGAUAAUGCCCAAAUGGUAUUCAAAAAGAUGGUUUCUGAUGGUGUGCAUCCAAAUAUUAUGACAUACAAUAUCUUACUAGAUGGACUUUGUAAUAACGGGAAGCUAGAGACAGCAUUGGUCAUAUUCCAUGAUCUGCAAAAGAGUAAAAUGGAACUUGAUAUCGUCACGUAUAAUAUUAUGAUUGAAGGGAUGUGUAAGGCUGGGAAGAUAGAAGAUGGGUGGAUUCUAUUUUGUAGCCUCAGCCUUAAAGGUGUGAAGCCUGAUGUUGUAACCUACAAUACAAUGAUCUCGGGAUUUUGUAGGAAAGAUUUAAAGGAGGAAGCAGAUGCCUUGUUCAAUCAAAUGAAAGAAAAUGGUCCUCGUCCCAAUAGUGGUACAUAUAAUACGUUGAUUAGGGCACGCCUUAGAGAUGGUGACAAAGCGGCAUCAGCUGAACUCAUCAAAGAAAUGAGGAGUUGCGGGUUUGCUGGAGAUGCUUCAACGAUAAGUAUGGUGAUUAACAUGUUACAUGAUGGGAGAUUGGACAAAAGCUUCCUCGAUAUGCUUUCUUAAAACAGUUUAUCAUCGUCGAGAGAAAAGCUGUGAGAUUCCAGGCAAGAGUUGAUGCAAACACUUGUUUGUUGUCUUGUUAACACAAGAAUGGUGCUCAAAGUCAGAAUAGAAGCUCCUAUCAUGAAGAUUUCAGACUUCGAAUGGUGUUUGUUAUAUGUAAGUCCCAAACAAUAUAAUUCUACGCUGGCAAAAAAAUGGACAGAGCCUCAGAAACAAGCAAAAAUCAAGGCUCGCAAAAAAAAUAUAUAUAUAUUUACAUCUCCCACAACACAAACAAGGUUGGAAAAAACACUAUUUUGUGUAUUUCUUUUCUAUAAAAAUCAAACAAAAAAUUAGACUA